UCUUUGGUGAAAUAAAGCUGUUCAAACUCCCAUUGAACUCAAGCCGGAGUAAAAUUUUAGUUACAGUUCAGCAAUCUGCUCGGAUUCACUGCUCUCCUUUUCCUCAAAACAAAUUGUACUGAAAACGGAUUUACUGAAACAAACUUUUCAAUUAUUUCUGCAGCUUAGGAAGUUGACGCAGCAGGCAGUAUGUGACAGAAGAAACAGUUUGCCUGACGAGCUUGUGUUUUCGCCGUUACCUUGUUCUAGCGCAGAGCUUCCUCUUCGCAUGGCCCUCUGGAAGGAGCAUCCGUGUGAUCUGUACCGCGCUCAGCCACGUGCAGGCUGGACACCCGGUCAUACCGAAAGUGCUUUUGGAGGUCUGGUGAGGCGCUGGGGUUCUCUGUCCUUGGCUGUCGGUCAGCACGACCCUCGUGCGUAGCUGCGGUGUGCCGGUAACUUGCAGUAACCGACGGCGAGGCGGCGGCCUUCUGGCGUAGCUGGCUGCUGACAGCUUCCAUCUUCCUGAGGUUAGCGCUUUCUGCCUGAGGAGCCUCACAGUCGUGUGAAGUCACAGAGGUCUGGAAAGCUUUCCUGCCCUUCAUCUGAACAGGUGGGAAGUGCUGACCAGGUUUAGCAGAGCUAAUUUAAGUGCGGGACAUCUUGUGAAGCAGUCUCUGGUAAGGAUCUGGAAUACAUGUUCCGUUGCAAACUCCUCUUUUGCCUUCAGAACAUCUUUUUCUGUACAGCGAAGUCACAAAGCUGCCAUUGAGGAAACAAUUACAUGGAUUUGAGUGAUGCCGUUGUAGGGAGAGGUGGCAUCUCUUGCUAGACCAGCUGACAGAGCUGGGAAAGAACAGUCUUCUUGGAAUCUGGGUCACAGUGAAGCCGCAGCCAUUCUUAAAUGUUGCAGAGUGACUGAUCGGGGGCGUUGUGGCAGACAGAGUCAUGGCACGGGGUGUCUGUUUUAUUUGUGUGUCAUUCACGCCAGUUUUUGAGGCUUCUUUAUGAAGCAAGCACUAGCAGAGUUCCUUUUUCCUGUCAUAAUACGGUGCUGGGUGAAUUAGGUGUUCAUACCCAUUCCAUUGUCUCCAGCUCAGCUGAGAGCCUCUGACUUACAGGAGCAGACAGAAUUGCUCUCUUUUGGCUUCUCUCUUCCCCCCCCCCCCCCCCCCCAAAAUGGCUGUGAGAGUGUUAUUUGGGUCAGCUGCCUCGAGUGUGUCAUUUUCUUUUGACACUCAUCCCUCUGAGCGUGUAAGAGGAGCCUGGUGGGGAAAAGCUGUGGUGCUGUUGGCUGCAGUGGAAUUAGGAGUGGUUAGAGGGGUUUUGUGGUUAUUUGAAUCACUGAUCACGUCACGGUGGGGAAAUAUCUCUGAUGGCUGCCUGAAACGGUGCGCGGGUGAAGACGGCCAACCUCAGCCCUCGCUGCGAGGGAGGCAGAGGGACCCUGUAAGUGCUCACACGCUCGGGCACGUACAAAGGUGGCUGCCCUGCAGCAGCAUGUGUCCGUCUUGCAGGGGUGUUUCAGGUAGGGCGUCGUGCUCCGAUUUGCAUCCUGAGCGUGCAAACAGUUCUGGUUCACCUGAGGUGUGCUCUUUGCCUGUUUGCCUCCAGUGCAGUCCCGCACAGUGGUGCUGGGCCUGUCUGUACAGGAGCUGUUGUGGGGUUUGAAGGAGGAUGCUGUUUUUCCCUCUGAAAGGAGCUUAAUAUCCUGCAGUGAGCUGAACCUGUAGGAUUAGUCAGCAGGUGUGUGCAGUAACCCAAGCCUGCUGUCACUUUGGAGUGCUGUUUGUCACUCGGUACCUGGCUUUUGCGCUCUGCCCCAUUGUAUUGCUUUUCCAUCCCUACCCUUCCACUGCCCAUAGCUGUUUAUGCUAAAAUAGCUGCUGAGAACACAGGUGUGAUGGGCUACUAAAAUGUUAAAAAUACUGUACUGUUAGGUAUUGUUUAUAUAGCACUGCACGCGGCGUGUCGUGGGUGACUGCACAGCAAGCAGCCCAAGCUUAUUUGGGCACUCAGCCUGCACUGUGGAUGGAAAAGGUUUGAUGUCCCAAAAUCACUUUCCUGUGUAUUUCAAGUCCCUGUAAAACAUUUCCUCUCUGUUACAUUCAUUCUUAGAGGAAAAACAGCUUUGCUGCUGUGGUCCCAGCCUCUUCUCGGUGACACCUAGUGCAGGGGCUGCAGGUGAUGGACAUAGAUCGAAACGCAGGAAAUUCCACUUAAAGGGAGAACAACUUUUUUCUGUGAGUGUGGGCAAAUGUCGGAGCCGGCUGCUCAGAGGGCUCCUGGAUUCUCCAUCCUUGGAGCACGGGAUGUGUCUGCGUUUGUAGCCGUUGCUCGGGAGCCUGCCCUGGAGCUCUGUUGAGGUAGUAGGCUGAAAACAGCAGAUAGAAUUAGUAGUUUAAACUGCAAGUUGGCAGAAUAUUGUAACUUUUUAGGGUAAUGCAUAUUGACACAAGGAAAACUAGAGGUCAUCAAGUAUAAAUGAAUGACCGAGGUGAGCAGGUGCUUCUGUUGCUUAAAAAGAAGCUGUCACAGCGUCGGGCUUGUUGGGCAUUUGGCAUGCUUAUCUCCGAAGCAUUUCAUCAAGUGGUAGCACUUCAUGUCCUGAGCCAAGGAGCACGUGUUAUCUCAUCGAAUGGAUAUCUAGCUGGGAGCAGCUCCUGGCGAGAACUCCUUGGUAUUUGGAAGAUGAGUGCUGAGUAUCUCUGAUCAUCUCUCGGAAAAGCCUGCAGAAUCCAUUUUGUGUGGAAUAAAGGGAGCCAACAGCUCAGCCAGGAGUAUUUUGUAGUCCUGAAUCCAUCCUGGCCCAACUCAGCAAUUUGGUUAGUCAUUUGUGUUGGUAGGAACAGUCAUUUUUGAGGACACGCUGCUGACCUCUGGAUGUUACAAGGGUGAGCGUAGCAGUCCCUGGCUGUGCUGUGUGCAGACAGCCUGGUCUGGUUCAGGUUUUGGUUAAACACUUUGGCCUUGGUCUUGAAACACCAGGCUUGGCUGUUCUCUCUAGUAUGGCUUGAGGUCCAGAUUCAAUCUUUUCUCAAAAAGAAAUUGCCCUUUUCAAACCCUGUAAUGCCUUGUUUUCAAUGUCUGACACAGGGAAGGAGUUCGUGUAUGUUCCCAACUCCUGUGCAGAGAAGAACAAGCACAGCAGUGCUGGGGCCCAGUGCAGGGCAGAGCCCGAGUCAGUAAAUGGUGGUGAGCCUCUGCCAGUGCUACAUAAGGUCUGCUCAUAUAGGAGCUGUUCAAAACCACCUGGGCUUCAUGGGCUUAGAUUACAUUGCAAAGAAAUGCUUUGAAGUGUGUGAGACUCGAGAGGCGUUCAGACUAAGGAGAGUGCUGCAGAGAGCUUGAGCAGAGUGAACCCGGUGGCUGUUAGAGCUCCGGCAGCAGUUCUUCUUCAUCCAUUGUUACUCCCAGCUCAUGAGCUGCAUGAAGGGAGAAGGCUUACUGGCACACAAGCCUCAGCCCGGUACCGCACUGCUACAGCCCAGGUUUGGUCUUAGUCUGAGCCUUCCUGCCCCAAGGAUUGAGUGUUUCCUUGCAAAGACUGUCAAAUGUGCCGUGUCUCGUUGUGUAAUCUGCUGACCGGUUUAUUUUCUCCAUUAUUAUAUUUCACAUCAGAGCGCCAGCAUCACCUGGGGCUUGCUUCUGAAGUUUCUUGGUGUCUCAAGUCAGUAGGACUGAUCUGAAGAGCAACCUCCUCAAAUUUACUGCACAUCUGACAGCUCUGUCCUGAGCUGCUACAGAAAUGCCCAAGUUGGGAGCUCACUGUACCACUCUGCAGCUGAUCCACCUCUUCCCCACUGGUUUGAAGGGCACUGAAUGCUGAGCCUGUAUAAGGGGACACAGGCUGACAGGGACCCAAAAGCAGGACUCCAAAAAUCCCUCGAAAUAACAGAGACUCGACAGCUCAGCCUCCGUUUUCAAUGGAGGUUUCCAGUCCUCAAUGCACCUGAGCGGGGCUUGCAGCUUGUCCUGUCCUCGUGCUGGAGCUGCCCCGAUGGGCGCUGCUCUUCGGAAGGGAUCUUGUGCGCUCCGAGGUGUCUGCCCUGGAAAUGCCGCGUCCUGGAUGCUGCAUCCUCCCCAUUCUUCGGAUGGCUUUGAGACUGCUGUAUUCACUUUCUGACGUUUAAGCAACUUUUAAAGGAUGCAGACACGGGCAUUGUAUGCUGUCUUGCUAACAAGGAGUGGACUUCUCAAAAGCCUGCAGAGGAGACACAGGAUCUUCAAGCAAAUCCUGGCAGCUGGAAUUUCCCGAUAGCAGAUAAAAUUAUUUGACCACCAUGAGUUGGAGUUUUCUGACCCGUCUGUUAGAGGAGAUCCACAAUCACUCAACCUUUGUUGGCAAAAUCUGGCUGACAGUGUUGAUUGUAUUUCGGAUUGUCCUAACUGCUGUGGGAGGAGAAUCCAUUUACUAUGAUGAACAAAGCAAGUUUGUGUGCAACACAGAGCAGCCUGGCUGUGAGAAUGUUUGUUACGAUGCUUUUGCUCCUCUUUCGCACGUGAGAUUUUGGGUGUUUCAGAUCAUUCUUGUAGCCACUCCGUCUGUGAUGUAUUUAGGCUACGCAAUUCACAAAAUUGCCCGGAUGGUGGAACACAGCGAAGCUGACAGAAGAAUCAGAAGUAAAAGCUUCUCAACGCGCUGGAAACAACACCGUGGCUUAGAGGAAGCUGAAGAUGACCACGAGGAAGACCCAAUGAUGUACCCAGAAAUAGAGCUGGAAAGUGAACGGGAGAACAAAGAGCAGCCAGCCCCUGCCAAAGCUAAGCAUGAUGGCAGGCGACGAAUUCGUGAAGAUGGACUCAUGAGAAUUUACGUGCUGCAACUUCUGGCAAGGACUACGUUUGAAAUUGGAUUUCUUGUGGGUCAGUAUCUUUUGUAUGGUUUUGAGGUCAGCCCCAUAUUUGUGUGUAGCAGAAAGCCGUGCCCACAUAAGAUAGAUUGCUUCAUUUCAAGGCCAACUGAAAAGACCAUUUUCCUGCUAAUAAUGUAUGGGGUGAGCUGUAUGUGUUUACUUUUGAAUGUCUGGGAGAUGCUCCAUUUAGGGUUUGGCACAAUCCGGGACACAUUAAACAACAAGAGAAAAGAGCUGGAAGAUUCUGGUACUUACAACUACCCUUUUACUUGGAAUACACCAUCUGCUCCUCCUGGCUAUAACAUUGCCGUCAAGCCAGAUCAAAUCCAAUAUACUGAACUGUCCAAUGCCAAAAUGGCCUACAAACAGAACAAAGCCAACAUAGCUCAGGAACAGCAGUAUGGAAGCAAUGAAGAAAACAUUCCUGCUGACCUGGAAAAUCUGCAGAGGGAAAUUAAAGUGGCUCAGGAACGCCUGGACCUUGCGAUCCAGGCUUACAACAACCAAAACAAUCCCAGCAGCUCCAGAGAGAAGAAGUCCAAAGCAGGCUCAAACAAAAGCAGUGCCAGUAGCAAAUCAGGAGACGGAAAGAACUGUGUCUGGAUUUAACGUUGGCUGAGUUAAUAUAUUUUUUUUCUCCUAGUUUAUCAUAACCAGCAACCCCUUGAAUAAUGGCUUCCAUUAAGUAAAUAUUUGGUUCUGCUUAUUUUCAGGGAUACCGUUGGCUAGUGAUUCAAGCUCUAAGAAAGUGUUUAUACGCAUAUGCUAGGAUUAUAGAACUUUAUUCUUCUGCCUUCCAAGCCAGGAGACAAAUAGGUAUAUUUAAAUCAUUCUCAUUGAACGGUUUAUGCUGUAUGUACAGUAUUAUAGUACAUUUAUUAUGCACAAUUUUUGUAUUUGUACACUGGAUCUCUGAAGUUACACAUUUUUAUAUUAAAAAGGAGAAAACAGUAGGUAGUUGUUAGCAUUUUGCUAGUUUUAUUACUGUGGUCCGCAGGUUUGUUGUUGUUUUUUGUUUGUUUUAAAUGUAAAAACUUUCUAUGCUGCAUUUCAGAAGUGCCUUGAACAUGCACACAGCACAGAGGAGUCUCCAGUUAUCCAGGCAGCCCACGGGUGCCAGUCACUUCAUAGCAGAGCAGAGAAAGAUUUGGAAAACAUCUGCUAAUGGUGCUCUUGACUGUAUCUUUUACAAAAAUGAUGUGCUACUUACAAAACGGAAGUGUCAAACUAUAGCUAUUAUGUGCAACAUUUUUUUGUCCUAUGGAAAAUGGGGGAAAAAAUGCGUGUGUGUUAGAGUACUUGUGUUCAGAGCAAGCCUGCCAGCCAUAAUGCAGAGUGGGGUCAGACCUCCCUGCAAGCUUUAUUCAACAGGAGGGAAGAGAGACUUCAAACUCCUGUAAAACAUUCAGAAAAAGUAAAUAGAAACUACUGUAUUCAGUAAUUCCACAUAUUUAUGUGAUAUCUACGGAAAGAUGUUUCUGAGGUCUCUUGUUACGCAACACCCCGCUCCCCAAGGGCAUCACGUUGUUACAAUACCUUUUGGGUAAGAUUUUUGUAUUUUCCAGAGUAAUCUGGUUAGAAGGAGUCAUGUUAAUUUUGUUUCUCGAUGCAUUACAUUCAAGAAAUAACCUUCCUCCCCCCACAACCCUGUACACACAAGCUGUCUGCACAAGUUCUAUUACAAAGCCCUUUCUGAAUAUGAAUGAUAAUGCCUUAUUCCAGACCCCUCUUCCUUCCAUUAUGUCCGAGGAACUUAGUUCAGACAGAGCAAUAUGUAUAAUUUAGAUUUCUGCUUGAGAGACCAGUCAGAUUUGGCAUUCUGUGGUUUUGGCAUUAAACUUGAAUUUAUAAUUAGAAAAAGGAGAACGCGGUAUUCUCCGCCUCUGGCGGUGUCUUUUUGGCAAGGAUGAGCAUUAAUAUCUGAGGGAUGCUGGUAAAUGUGUAUGCUUUUUGCUACUAUUUAUAAUGUGUUCAGGGCCUUGCUCUGUUUCCUCUUCUGUUAGUUUUUUGUGUAUUUAAUUUAUUUUGGGGGCCUGCUUCCGGUGGGAAGGGGACUGUUCUGUUUCAAGGCUACCUCAGUCCGUAGUGCCCUUGUUACGGUCUGACCAGGAACGGGACUGAGAAGUAAAGCUACACAGAGAACGUGUAAACCUGUACUCCAUUCCUGUCUGCAGAACAGCUAAGCAUAGGCUUUAUGUUAAAUAUAAACUAAGGAUAAACAGGCAUGUGCUUGCGGUUAUCAUCUACCCAAGCACUUGCUGAAAAUAGAUAUUUUGCUGAAUUGUUUUCAGUCUGUUUUUGCUCCGGGACACCAGACAGUCGGAGUGUCCAGGCAUAGAUAUCUCUCCCAGCUAUCUCUCAGCUCUGCUUUAGAGAGACGUAAGUGUGCCCAGAGCCAGUGCAACCCUCCACAGAACGUCAGCUAGAGCUUCUCCAGUUUGCGUCCAGCAGAGAGGUUUGGAAGAAAACUUGCUGUCUGGCUUUUUGUUUAACAGCACAUCCUGGGCUCUGUGCUGGGAGAGGAGUAACCUCUGAAUUUAACGCAGAGAAGUUUCAGGGUGAUGUCUUUUAGAUGAUAAACUCAGUAAAUAUAUACCCACUUCUAAAAGCUGAAGUGGAGUUUCAGGCAGGGAUGGCUAGCUGGUGAGAUGGGACUAGCUGUGCGGGGUGAGAAAGUUUAUUAAUAGUGUUCCUCCAGUUAAACAGGAGUCUGAAGAGAAGUGUGCCGCCUGAGGAUGGGCAGAGAGGCUUUGCCAGCAAAGAGCUGCAUGUGAUGGAGAAGUUGGGUGAAAAACAUGUUGUCAGAAAGUACUAGGGAAAGACGUUUGGAGCCUGGAGAUAAACACAGAUUCAUGGCUACAUUCCACUCAUUAUCCCGAGCACUGCAUCUCAGUUGUUCUUUUCAGCUUCCCAAAAGGGUUACAUUGCCCUUAACCCCUUGCGGUGGUUUCAGAACUCCCUUUCAUCAGCUGAAUGGCAAGAAGCUAAAAUUCUUCCCCCCUGUUGCUCUCUAUGCAAACUGCAUCAGUGCAGCCAUUUCUUGUUAAUGGCAUAAAACCUGUUUGCAAUCAGUUCACAACAGCUGCUUCACCUCUUGUUUGUAUUAGCCCUUUCCUAAUUCAUGAUCUAAAACCAUUACGUGCAUAAAGUUACCGUCUCAGGUCAGUCCUGUGAGCUUUUGUCCAAACCACUAAGUAAUUCUGUUAGCAAGCAAAGUGUGUAGAGUAUUUCAAUCCCAACACUAAGUUCAUUCCAAAAAUGCAAAGUGAUGGAUCUGUUUUUAUUACUGUUUUGUUUCCAUUUUAAUUGUGUAUAAAGUGCACAUUUUCUUUGAAACUGUUAUUAGUAGAGGAUGUAUGUUGAAGCUCUAACUGUUCAUGUCUGUGACUGUAUUCAGUUUCAAAGUAUUGGGUUGGAUUUUUUUCCUUUUGAAGAAAUGAUACAUGCAUUACUUGAAAAUGCUCUCUUGCUUUGGCUUAAUGUAGCCAUUCUGAAAUAAAUAUUCAGAACAGUCUUUUGGACAAAGAAAACACUGAACAUAACUUGAGUUUGUGUUGUCAUUCUCUGGUUUUGGAUGCAGUUUGGAAAAAAAAGUAUUAAAUCCAGUGGAUUACUGAACAUCGUCUGAGAUGACUUCUUUUUCCAACAAUGAAUAUGCUUUGGAUAUGAGAGUGAAGAAGAGGGGUAUUUCAGUGAUUUGUAUUGGAACACAGCUUGAAGUUUUUUAAAAUUUGACCUUGUUCAGUAUAAUAAAGAGUCAGUUUGUAACUGC